AUCUCAACCGCCCUCUUCUCAGUGUACUUGGAGACGUAGGCCAGAUUCGGCGAUAAAGGGACAGCUUCAUUUGAGAAGAUAAAAAAUGCUUUGUGUAGCGUGAAGCAAACGAUCGGUUACUCUAAGUUGUUGACAAAGCUGAACAAGUUCCCAUAAGUCGGAACAGGGUGCGCGGUGUGUCCAUUAGGGCAUGUGAGUGCGUCGAGUGCGGUUUUUAGAAACUAUUGCAUAAUAUUGUCUGCGCAGAAAACCAAACAAUGGUGUCGGUAUUUCUAGGUGUUCCCUGGGGUGAACCCAUUCUCAAGAACCUAAGACCUAUGGGAUCAAGAGAAGUGUUUGAGGAACUCGAAAAAGCAUAUGGACGUAGGACUUCCAGUGGUUCAGGCGGAGGGAGGAAAUUGCAACGGAGGAUGAGCCAGAUUGAACAAGACACACGCUCAAGACUGCUAUGCUGUUUCUCGGAGGGGUUCUUUCGUGCGCUGCGGGAGUACCGCGAUUCGGUGACGAAAGCCUGCGAUCCAUUCCGAUGCUGUUCGAGGCGCCAAGAAAAAUAUGGAAAUUCGUUUAUGGAAAUUGCCCGCCUGCUCGCAAAUCUAUUCAGAGACUUGAACGUGUCAGCGUCUGAUGUUGCCGCUGGUUUGGUUCUGCUGCGUAAGUUCCAGCGUUUGCAACGCGAAACGAUACAACAGCAGGUGGAUAAUGACACGUACCAAUUUCUUUCAGGGGUUGCGGUUACCCCGCAGACGCACUUCCUUGAUAUCAACUUACCCGAAGUAUGCAACGAAAUCGAAGUGAUCACUCAUUAUAUGGAGUUUGCUCUGGGCGUCUACGGAUGGCCAAUGUACCUAAUGACGAACGGGGCGGGAAAAGGUUGCGCCUGCUCGUUUCUGCAGCAGCUCAGAUGUAUAUGCUGUCUGUGGAAGCGAGACGCAGGUGCAGGUGGAGCCAAUCGGUCUAUCGUGAUCGAGGAUAACUGCUGCCUCUGUAAUUUCGCGGCGCUCAACCAAAUGCUCAUGAAAAACAACCCCAAUGUACAGGUCAUCUUCGUCAGCUACCAUGUUAAUGUAAAUGAGACGCCAUUCUUAAUUGCUUUGGACCAUGAGCGGCGAACCGUAGUGGUGAGCGUCCGUGGGACUUUGUCUCUACAAGAUAUCAUCACCGAUUUGAACGCCGAUGGCGAACCGCUUCCGGUUGAUCCACCUCGGGCUGGCUGGAUGGGUCACAAGGGGAUGGUAAAGGCGGCCGAGUACAUCAAGAGCAAACUCGUUGACGACGGAUUACUUAAUUACGCGUUUAGCUAUAGUUCGGAUCGAGGAACCUCUACGUACGACCUUGUAUUGGUCGGCCACUCAUUAGGAGCCGGGACGGCUGCAGUUUUAUCGGUCUUGUUAAAAAAGGCCUACCCAAAUGUGGUAUGUUAUUCGUAUUCGCCGCCUGGAGGAACCUUAAGCAUGGCCGCCGUCGAAGCGUCAAAAGGCUUUAUAACUUCCGUGGUUUUGGGCAAAGAUGUCGUGCCACGCAUCGGUCUCCAUCAAAUUGAUGCGUUGCGUAGCGAUCUUAUGAACGCGAUCAGUCACAGCAAUGACCCGAAGUGGAAAAUCAUAAUGGGUGGUAUGAUGUGUUGUUCUUAUGGAGGGGAGCCGGCAGAAGGUGACCAGCUAGCAGCGCAGAUGCUACACGAACGAUCUGGGUUGCAUCAUUCUGAGUCGAACAUCACGCUCAAUUGUUCAGAACCGCUUUUCCCACCAGGCAAGAUCAUCCAUAUUGUUCGUUCACACCCGAAGAAUAACGCACAAGUUGGCGGUGAUCAGAGUACGCCAGCAUCAGGAGAGGGCACACCUCGAACUGAGAAGAGCAUGUGGAGGAAGCUAGGAUUCAGCUCUGAAGAAGAACCUGUCUAUCAAGCGUUAUGGAGUGACCCACGUGACUUUGACAAGGUAUUGGUGUCACCGUCUAUGAUUCAGGAUCAUAUGCCCGACAAAGUAUUAGAGGCGUUGCGAAAGCUUCUUACGAAAAUUGGUCCGGCCAAGCCAAAACGUGCGGUCCCGUCGAGAACGGACAUUCUAAUGUCCCUGCACGGAGAUCCACUGCUUCUGGACCCACUCGAGCCGAUGAUGCCGUCGGAUGCUGAUGGGCUAGCGCCUCCCGAGACGCUCGAUGGUGACGAACAUUUCGCCGAACGCGUUCGGGCCCUACAGAGUGCUCGGGUCAUUACCAAGCCACCCCAAUUUGAGGGCGGUUCAUUGAGUUCAUUGGGUCUUUCCCUUGGGGGCCUUUCGUUCAAGGCUCCAAAUCCAACGGGGGCCCCACUGGCGUCCCCUGAAACACUGAGUGAAGUUAGCUCGGUAUCAGGUUUUUGCGCCGACACACGAGGCCGGCGCUCGUCUGUGAUAGAGCGCGUACACUCCGACCUAUUGGUUACUGAGCAGUGCGACGUUCCCUUGUACAUGAAACGCGAUUUGGUAGCCAUCGGAGAUGGGAGUCCCAAUCCAGAGGAGGGUAGUGCAGCCCCAUCGACGUGUGGAGAGGUGGGAACAAUUGAAGUGACAGAUGAUUCACUUCCCUUAACUCCAGCAACGUCAAUUCUUAAAGCCGGACUUGGUGGUUCCCCGUCCGUUUCCGUCUCGGCAUCUUCGCCGACAUCUCGGCGAUCGCCCGUUAAAAAAGUUCGCAUCACAUUUGAUGCACCGAUCAACGAUGAUGAUCGAGGUGUGUCCCCUCUGACAUGUCAACCUGUUACUGAGGCGGAGGACAAUAAUACGGGCUGUGACGGAACAGAAGCCGAAGCCGAAAUUGGCUGGUUAGCGUCAUGCUCAUCAGAUUCUCCAACAACUGAAGAUGAGACUCAGCUAACCCUCGAAGAGCAGAUGGCGGUUGUCAGGACGUUGCCACUGCCCCGAGAACAGGAUUACGAUAGUGAUGUCGAUGAGACGGCCUCGGAACGAAGUAGUUCGCAGAUGGCUUCAAGUUCGGUUGUACACCCACCAGCAAGGCAGUAUUACUAUUACGACUAUUAUGACAAUGGAAGCGAUAACAUGAACACUCCUGCACCGACAGAAAGCGCUCUGUGAAAUCGCACACUAACUAAGGGCAUUGCGACGAUGCGUUAAGUUGUACUAUAAUACAGAGGGGCAUAGAUAUUUGUGAAAAUAAAGGAUUAGAGGCAAAUAACUGAAAACCUAAAGGACGUCGCCGAUGUGAGUACGCGCAAAAGUGAAACAAUAUGUGACUGUAUUGGAAACAAUUCAAUAUACACGUUCAAAUGAAAAGAAGAAGGAGUAAAAGCUGAGAGGGGCGAGAUUAGGUAAGCAGGUAAAUCGAAACGUCGCCAAUAAAUGUAGCGCACUUAUUGGCUAAUCAGUUCAAAAGCACGGUUCUCCGUAAUCUUACGCUCAUUACGUAUAGCCGUACGUAAUAAAUUCUAAGAAUCUUGAUGGAAAAAUAUGAGAGAGAAAACACUCUGCGGCAGAGCGGAUGAAUUAGCGAUCCGUUGAAAUGAUUGACUUUAUAUCAAUUGUAGCUAUAGACGAAAUAAAUAGGCCAAAAUGGUGUCGAAGAAAAAUGCAAAAAUUGGACAUAACGAGGAAAUAGAGCAAAGGACGUAGCAGAAACGUAAUUGGAAAAUUAUCAUAUAGCCUGAUCACUGAUGACUAAAACAGGCCAAAACAUUCCUCUUUGUACAUUUACAUAUACAACCGUAUGCUGUUUCCUGUAUUAUGAGAACGUUCAGAACGUAAUCGAACAAGCAAGCUGAACUUUUGUUAUUGUCGAAAAAAAAUGAUACAUAGAGACUUACAUACAGUGUGUCUGUUAUCAGGCCGCUAAAAGUUUGUUUUUGUGAAAAUGACUCUUUCACUCAGUUUGAUACUCCCUCCCUUAAAACGUAUCGUUAUUACUAUGACAAAUAUAGAUACAUCUGCCACCGUAGUAAAAGUGACUUCGUGUGCACCAAGACACAAUAAGAUCUCCUCUGCGUUUAGGCGUUUCACGCACUCUGCACGUCUCUAGAAGGGACAGUUUUUUUUUUUUUUCCAAAAUAUCCCGUAUUUACCGUCAUAUCACAAUACUCUUAUACAAAAAGUCUUAGUGUUGUACCAUUCCAGUACUUGCAUCUACUUACUAAGUCACAGAAUGUAUUCCAUUAUUGAUAAGAGCCUUGCUAAUAUUCUCAUACCCGUGCAUCAAUGUAUAAUACAUUUUGGUAUCGCGUAAUAUCUACUCGUUUACGUAAGAAAGAAUCUCGCCAAUUGCAGAUUUAUGGAAGAGGAUGGAAAAAAAAUGAAUGUUUAAUUCACAAAACCUUUUACUAAUUGGCCUAAUGGCCUUAAUAUAGGAUGCGUAUAGCAAUUAUUAGCAAUGACGAAAUUCUGUCAAGAACCCUGCUCAAGAUUGGCUCAAUGGGUAUGAAACUGUGACGAUCGCAAAUUAGCUUUUCUGAGCGACACUCUACCAGAUGACAAUGUCGGAAUAUAUAUAUAUAUAUAUACCUCGACAUUUUCACGUUUUGGUCCAAACAGAGCUUUGAUCUGGUGAUACUUUUUCUAGGCGCUGCGUAGAUGUUACGCUUAAUUUUUUCUUGAUACUUAAACGAGAAUAAAUUUAAAUUUGAAUUUGAAUUUGUAUAAGUUCAUCAUCAAGUGCCUGUACCGAGAAAAAGCCCGCACUUUUGUCCCCACUUUGUUUCUCCCUUUUGUACAAUUGCUUGAGUUGUAUGAACAAAACAGAUUAUGCUAUUGCUAUACACACGGCUAUAGAUUUAUGAACUUAUGGCGGAUUUAUAGAAUUAUUGGUCAUUGUCGAUCUCUCAUACUGUCAUUGUAUUCAAUUUUUGUAUUAGCGUAACUUUGUUGCACUAAUAAAGAAGUAAUUGUGCAACUUUGCGCUAGAAGUUUAUUGUGAUAAGUUUGCAUUGUAUAUCGAGAACCAAGCUGCUCCAUCAUCGAACUGUGACGCUUGCAUACAAAUCACAUUGUUCUCAACGCAUUUCAUUGUCGUACAAAUGACUGAAACCCACAGGAUACAUAGGUCUGUUACAGAUUUUGGCUUUACUGUUUUGUGACAGUUUUUGGCACUACGGCGCCGUCGAGACCCAUGACAACGGCUGAUGUCAGGAAGAAGCUGCUAUCACAAGGACACAUUUUGCUUCUAUAAAACCUUAUAAAACAAAAACGGAGACGCAUAAUGCAAAUAUUAGUAUUCGCCUAUUUGCUUCCAUCAAACUAUUGCCAUGUCACGCGAUACUCAUGCCUCCUAGGAUAAAUGCCGUUUAAAAGUAGUACGGCGAAAAGCAAAAAUUUUCAUUUUACUCUUGUCAUAGGGGACGCGCUAAUUGAAAUUAGACGCUAGCAAACGCGUUAACAAAAAUAGUUAAAAAAGAUAACGGAAUCAAUAUGCCGGGACCAUCAAACCAUCAAGUUUUGUCGCCGCCAUUGUUGACGACGACGACGGCGCCGCCGCCGCCGCUCACAUCAACUGUGCACUCUGUAUACCUAAGGUUUGCGUUGUGUUUCUUAUAGACUACGUGUUAACGUGCGUUGGUAGCUCGGCGACAAUGCACUAACAUGAAACGUUUAUUGAAUUACUCAAAUAAGAAGUUUUGUAAAAAGACAGACAAGCAGAUAGAGAAAGAAAUUGUGUGCGUCUUAAUCGUCUAGCAACUGCGAAGAGCUAUAGAGGACCAGGGGGCGUAGUACACCUGCCCUAGUGCUGUUUCUGUUUUUCUCUUUGAUCAGACUCUUGCGAGCUCCUGCUUAAGAGUUUAGGGAACACGGCGCUCAGUUCGUCGUCAAAGACGUAUACGUGUACUUGAAUGUGAGCGGAAUUGUUCUUCCACCCGGACAUCAAAAAUUAUAUUGAAUUAUCUUCAUACCGUCCGAGUCGAUCAACGUGCAGUCUGUAGCGGCCUUCUGAUGGUAUACUGUAAUAAUGAUAGGAUUCCUGCAUUUCGAAGUCUCGGAGCUAAUGUUUAGGGUUGGACCGCACAGGAACCGAAAAGUCUGCUAUCUUACCCGGUUUGAUCCCCCAUGAAUGGCCACAAAUUGACAUCACUAUCAUCCUGUUCAAUAUGCUAACUAAAUAUAAAUGUAGAUAGCAGUAUUACAGUAAUUACGACAAACUUCUGCUUCUUAACACCGCCCACAUAAAGGGUCUGUUCCACUCGAUGAGUGAGACAGCAACAAAUCCUCUUCAAGGCCGCUUGAUAGACGCUUGUUAAUUGUCACUGCGUUUCAUCAAAGCUGAUUCAAAUGAACGACGCUAUACAUGCAGAAACCAUAUUGUUCGUUGCUAUGGGGCACUGCACAAGGGAAGCAUCGUUACCAAGAUGUCGACUUCCAUUAACACUAAGCCUAUUCCACUAUUAAGACGCUUCAGCAUUUAAACACUCGUAAUGCACAUGCACAGGAGCGGAACGCUCAGAAAAUUGUUGCGGCGGACAGUUUGACCGUACCGUCAUUUAAUAUAGAUAGAUAGAUAGAUAGAUAGAUAGAUAGAUACUACCAAUGAUGACACACCGCCAUGUAUCAUCACACAGCGGGUUACGACGCGAAGGAGAGAAUACAGAGUGAAAUAUAUCCCAUUUUUCCACGCUGCUCUAUACAUCGAGGUCAUUUUAGAUGAUGGAACUAGCGGUAACAAAGAUGGUGACUGCAACGCUAAAAGUGGCGAUCAUCAUUAAUUGUAACACCUAAAUAUAUAAGAAGUGCUUCUAUACUUAUGUAGAAUAAUAUUCAGUGGCGCUUUUAUGAACGGAGUCUCAUUGGCCGACAGCCGAGAGAGACCAAAUUGAAACUUGCAAGCAAGUGACGGUUGAGGUUGACUGUCAGCCUUAAUCCAAUUUAUGGUUGUUUUCUACCCGUUCAUUACACGGAGCACGAUUUGCACGUGCUGCAAAUGCCCACAUAGGGCAGGACCUUCUCACACAUUCGUACCGCUUUAGUCAUAGUUGAAUAAACUGCUUUUCAGUGCUUUCGAGUAGCUGCUUUGCCAGUCAUCAUUCAUCAAGUGAAUAUAAUGAUUCUCCUGUAUCCCAACGAUUCAUUCUGCCCUCGAGUGCUAUCAUGCAGAUACACCAUGAUAUAUGGAUCAAUUUGUGCUGCUAUUAUUGCGCAUAUUACUCAGAUGGGCGAUGGGAAGACCCACACAUACGCCAAGGCCAUGGUAUCCAUUUGACGAAGCACAAAAAGGACGAAUAGGGGCAACGGAAGACGAGCCCGGCGUCGUGGGGAGAAAUGUCGUUUGUUCGCGUCCCAUACAAAUUAAGGCUAGUUACAAGAACGGUAUGGUCAUCAUUGCCUUCCUAAAGUAAAUACCAAUAAUGAUGGGUACAAUAAAUAAACCAGGAUAUCUACUCAACAACAAGCAUGUAGAACCCAGUGAGGAGGUUCAAUCUCAUGAUAACAUUAUAUGUAUAACACAAGGUACAUACUAUUAUGAAUGAUUUUGUAUGGUGUGAGCCUCGUUAUCGUUUUAAUGUAGGACUACGAUAUGAACUGAUAGCGAAGUCGGUGAUUAUGAUGAUGACCGUAUUUGAACGGGGCUGAUGAGAACGAUUAACUUAAAAAUAAAGGAAACAGAAAAGGCGUCACACAUGUUUGCGUGCCACAUACAUACUUGUUUAGUAAUCGACACUAAGGAAAGACUAUUCAAUUGUUCAUCCUCAUGUACACGAUAUCUGACGACAAACAAAUGACAUGGACUAAGAGCAGCGACAGCAGCCACGAAAGAGAAAGCAAUAUCGAUGUGACGCGAACAGAGACAGGAGCGCUAACAAUAGUAAGAGCAAAAAACACUGAAAAGAACACACAUACACGCAUAAACAAAUACAUCGAGAGAAGCCAAGGGUCACAGAAACUACUUGGGCUGAUCGUAACGUUUUGAGAUGUCAAGCUGCCCGCCUAAGAUUCCUGGGGUCUCAGUGCGCUCAGAUACAGCUUCUUUUGCCCAUCGAACCCCCCGAAUUGCAAUAGUGGCCCCAACGACGGCGGCGGCGGCAGCAGCACCAGUAGCAAAAAAUUGGUUGGAGAAAAGACUUGACCGAACAAUCGUCCUUACUCGAAUCCUGUUAUGUUCUUCCGUACGAACUUCUCUCGUUUUUAUUAAUACAUGCGCUAGCAUUUAUCCAACUAUAACGCAAAAUUUCAGACCGCGAAUUCGGGCGCCCACUGAACGGACCAGGGCCUGACUACGUUCACACAUACACACAAAUACAUCCAAUAUAACACCAUAUAAUAAAAACAUGCUGGUUUUUGCAUUGGAAUAAUUCCGCGACAGGCACAGAACACACGGGAACCUCCGUAAUUGUAACAGUACCAAGACAUGUAAUUGCUCGUAUUUCUCAUAACUUCUCCUAUAUGACAUAUAGAUAAUAGCGAUGCUGAUAACAGAACCGAAAUGAAUCAUUAUAAAGAAGGUAAUGAUGUUGUGCUCCGAGUGAUGGUAUCUGCUCGUUGUAAUGUACUUGUAGAAAUAACAUGAAGCAAAAAAAUGCGGUGACGGUAACGGGGCUUUUUGUAUUGCAAGCGUAUCUGUAUCAUGGAUAGUUCAGGCAGGCCUAUAGAGAUUGCGAGGAUGUCAAAAUUGCCAAGGCGAAAAAAAGCUUCAAAUUUGGCUAUGUUUUCAUUCUCUUAUUACGCAAGACAAGGCGAGUAAGGAUAAAUCAUUGAGGUUGCCUUGUCAUUUACAAUAAUGAGAAUUUCUUAUGCCCCAGCUCGAUAAACGAACAUAUGGUAACAACGUUCUGGUAGAUGAACGGAGGCAAUAGCUUAAAUAACAGAACUAAUUUGCUUAGAAAGGGAUUAACAUGGUCAAUGACAAUACUAAAAAAAAUCUUACUAAUAACAGAAUCGGGAAAAUGAGAAAUGCACAUUUAAUGCAGAAUAUAUGUAUGUGUAUAUAUAUAAAAUGUAGGACAAAAUGGGCCAGAAGGCUCCUAGGUCCCGCUUGUCUCGAAGGGAGGAGGAAUAUGCAAAAUUUUUUUGGGCAACAAUAACAACAACAACAAAAAAAAGAUUCCACAGAAGGUCAAGAGAACCUACAUACAUUUAAUAGAUAUUCCUAUGAAUAGAAUUGAGGCCGAAUGCGGGUAGACGACAAACAGAAGCAGCUAUUGCUAGCGACAGCACUAGCAAGAUAAAGGACUUCGUGUAUACGCAUGAAAAAAUCUGCUAUGUGAUGACGAAUGAAUAGGCCAACGCCAAGUUGAAUAGGAGUUGUUCAAUAACUGUCAAAAGAGAACAGAAAUUUCCGCAAUAAAAAAUAAUGAUAAAAUAAUUAAAAAGCGAUAGCUCUUUGCAAAAUUUACUUCAUCAUUAUAAUAGUGAUGUACAACUGUCACAACAACAAUGGUGGUACACCAAAAAGAUGGUACGAAACUAAUAACAUUAACAGCCAACAACCAAAGUCAAGAGCAUUAUGAGGCUAGUAGAUAAUUAGCCACCAUGUUAUUAUGACCAUUCUUUUUGUAAACAUAAAUACAAAUAUAUAUAAUUAAUUGUCAUACAAAAUAUGGAUCUUGGUGUUUUUGGUUGCCACAAUAUAUAAUGAUCUGUAAGUUUAAUUGGCUUCGCCCCCGGCUAACAAACGAUAUAUAUAUAUUGACUUCACUCAACUUGUUCGUGGCCUUCGGUACGGCUCUACAAUGUGAUUACCUUUAGCGGUUGUUAGGGUUGGCCAAGUGAUCUAUCGAUUCUGGGUUGACGCACCCAAUUGUUUAAUUUUUUUUAGUGAGAAAUAAUUGCGCAUGUUAAGGUUGGAACGCCAGCGUUAUUUUUUCGUUUUUUUCUUAACGAAUCAUUACAGCUUCCUCUAAGUAUAUGUGUAUAUAUUAUAUUGACGAUUGAUAUGUUUGUUGCAUUGGCUUCCAGGAUAUUAUCUUUUCCUCUUUUAUGCUAGAUAGCUGUAUAUGCUAAAUUAAAUGAAGCUAAAUAGUUCAUGAUGAUUUUUUUGAUGAUUUUGUCAUGUUUUUUUUUGUUAGUAAGAGAUUACAUAGACUUAUUUAAAUUUUUUCGCUAAACAUAAACUAAGGAAACAUUUCACAGAAAUCAACUUCGAUAUUUAUUAUUACUUUAAAAAAAUAGUCGAAACGUAUUUUAUCCAUUGUUAUAUAGGCAAAUUAAUAUAAUCAGCAAGUUACGUAGCUUUCACUCAAAAAUAUCACCUUAAUGAAGAUAUACGUAUUGUGUGAAGCGAAGGUAAAUUUAUAGAUUUGCGUAAAGGAAACUUUUUUACGUAGAACACUAGGUUUAUUGUUUUUUUCAUUUCAAGUGGCAUUAAUCAAUCCAAAGACUAAGAUUUAGUAUAUGAACAUGUGUCGCGUGUCGAUUGAGCGCAUCGAAUAGUACCAUCUCUGCAUAAACUUUCAUGUAAAAAAAAACACUUAAACGAAAAAGCUACCAUAGCGCCGAAACAUACAUUUUAUCGUAAGGAAGUCGAAUUGUGUCUUUACUGUACCCAUCCAGAUUAAUCAGCUGGCGUAGGGAACUGCUGUCAACGAAAUGUUACCCUGCAUAGAAGAAAUGUUUUUUAUAUUUUUUCUUGAAGAAUCUUUUAGAAAAAAUCAUUAAACCACAUUAAAAUGUUUAUCAUAUUAGGCACUUUUCAACUGACAUUUAGCAGAAAUUUGUUUAGAAAACACUCAAAGGUAGCCUGAAACGCAUUUCCACCGCACUCUGAGCGGGACGUGAACGCUGUCAUUUUUUGACCACCUUCAUGACGAGUUUUCGCCCUUCGGGGAGCUUUUUCAAUGUUAGAACUGAGACUCGUGUGUAGAGGCAUGCAUAUUAGCU